GGGGAUUUAUGGAUGUGCUGGGAUAAAGGAAAUCAUGGAUUCAGCAGCUCUGGGGGAGAAACUCCAGGGAUGGCCCAAAAAUCCCACAGAUCCCACAGAUCUCAGCUCCGGGAUGUCCCAGAAUCCCACUCCGGGAAUGUCCUACAAAUCCCACAAAUCCCAAUCCAGGGAUUUCACACAAAUCCCACAAAUCCCAGCCCAGGGAUCUCCCCCAAAUCCUACCUCAUGGAUAACACACAGAUCCCAGCCCAGAAAUGUUCCACAAAUUCCACCCCAGGAAUGUCCCACGAAUUCCACAAAUCCCAUUCCAGGGAUUUCACAUGAAUCCCACAAAUCCCAGCCCAGGAAUGCCCCAGGAAUCCCACAGAUUCCAGCCCAGGGAUGGCCCACAAAUCCCACCCCAGGAAUGGGUCGAAAAUCCCACAAAUCCCACCCUGGGAAUGUCCCACAAAUCCCACAAAUCCCGCUCCAGGGAUUUCACACAAAUCCCACAGAUCCCACCCUGGGAAUGUCCCACAAAUCCCAUCCCACAAAUCCCUCUCCAAGGGUGUCCCGCAAAUCCCACAAUCCCACCCCAGGGACACAUUCCAUGUCCUUGGAAUAUUCCAGAGCCCUCUGGACACAGGGAUGUCCUGCUGGAUCAGGGCCCUUCCAACUGCCCCAUCCCGGGAUUCCAGGGUUCCAUAGGAAUUUCCCCCCCCCCCCAGUCCCUCCCUCCUCCCCUUGGAUUUUAACCCCGGACAAAACCCCCUCCGACCUUUUCUCACCUUUCCUUUUCCAAACAUUCCGGGGGGAAUUUCGGGAAUUCCGACCCCCCGCUUUCCCUGUCCCUCUGGAAUUCUCCCGGGGUGGGAUUUUCCCGUUUUUUUUCCCAGCUAUUAUGACACCAAGGCGGUGCUGCUGUGCCUGGGAAUCACGGCCCUCGUGUGCCUGGGAAUCUCCAUCCUCAGCUUCCAGAGCAAGCUGGAUUUCACCUCGUGCCAGGGAAUCCUGGCCGUUCUGCUCCUGGUCCUGCUCCUGGGGGGGAUCCUGCUGGGCCUGCUCCUGCCCUCCGGAUACGUCCCUUGGCUGCACGGGGUCUACGCUCUGCUCGGGGCCCUCGUCUUCUCCCUGGUGAGUGACACCCUUGGGAUGGG